UGCAGCUCUGCUCUCUUUUCCUCUCGUCUGCAUGCUGCGUCCUUCAUAGUUUCACUCCGUUUCUGGUUCCGAUUCUGCACCAGAGAGAUUCUGCAUUGGCAGCACCGGUGGGACUACAGAGGGACCAGGACCAGGACCAGGACCAGGACCAGGAACCAGGAACCAGGAACCGUACCAGGACUGGGAGCAGGUGCAGAGCUGGAGUCAGCAGAACCCGGAGCAGGACUCGUAUCUGGACCAGUACAAGACCGGGACCAGGACCAGGACCAGGACCAGAACUAGAACCAGGACCAGAACUAGAACUAAAACUAGAACCAGGACCAGGACCAGGACCAUGUCCCGGGCGGAGGAGCGCGAGGACGCGGACUGCGUGUGUUCGGUGGGGAUGAAGUUAUCCUGGGACAUCAACGACCCCAAACUCCCGCAGGACUUGAAGCAGUUUGACCCGUUCCAGGAGUGGACAGACGGCUACGUUCGCUACAUCUACAACGUUGAAGAUAAAAAUGCUCAGCGGCACCUGUCAGGCUGGGCCAUGAGAAACACCAACAACCACAACUGUCAGAUCCUGAAGAAGUCGUGCCUGGGGGUGGUGGUGUGUUCCCGGGGCUGCACGCUGCCGGACGGCUCCAGGUUGCAGCUCCGCCCUGCCAUCUGCGACAAAGCCCGCCAGAAGCAGCAGAAGAAGCUGUGUCCGAGCUGCAACAGUGCUCUGGAGCUGCUGCCGUGCCGCGGUCACAGCGGUUACCCCGUCACCAACUUCUGGAGAGUUGACGGGAAGUCCAUCUUCUUUCAGGCUAAAGGUGUUCAUGAUCAUCCGAGGCCAGAAUCCAAAUCUGAAACUGAAGCUAGAAGAAGUUCAGUAAAGAGAAGAGUGAGUUCACCCCAGUUCACACCAAAGAGGAGACUCAUCGAUACACAGGCUCUGGGCCCCGCCCUUCUCUGUGUCGAACCAGCAGAAAGAAUCUCCUUUAUGGAGCCCAACUUCCCACAGCAUUACCCAGCAUUCCAAAGCCCAGAGCCCUACUACAGCCCCCAUAAUGCACUGGGAGAGGCCCCAUCCACACUGCAAAAACCGUCCAAUCCCAGGCUGUAUAUGAGCCGACCCAGUUACGAGUUCCAAGGGUACCACCUGACCUCGCCUUCAUAUCCCAUGGCAUCUGAGCUGUGUGAUCCAAGGGUGGCACCCGUCUUGGGUUCCUCAUCAACCCCCUCAUCAUCAUCAGCUCCUUUGUCCUCCUCCGCCUCCUCCUUUGACCCCCAGACCAAACCCACCCCAGCUUGGAAGGAGCUGCUGAAAAGCUCCACCCCCUACAGUGAUAAUCACCACUACUACAGCCCUGAGUAUCCCUGCAGAUACCCCAGCAACACCCCGGGGUCCCCUGCACCCCUGCAGACCAUCAUCACUACAACGACCAAGGUCUCCUACCAGCCCUGCCCCAAGCCUCCAGCGGCCCUGCCUCCCUACCAAUCAUGUCCCAAGCCGACCAGCCUCCCGUCCUACCAACCAUGUGCUCCUCCCAAACCCCCCGGUCUCCCCGGCUGCUCCUCCCUGCUGGAUGACACAGCUUCGUCCUCGUACUCCACCGAGGUGAAGGUGACGGACGAGUCGGGUGGAGUUAUCAAGUCCCUGUCGUUUCAGCCAGAACCCCUUCAGGCCAAAACAGAACGGACCGAUGGCUACGACUACCACUACGCCUACCCCAACACGUACCGCUACGAUGACUACUGAUGCACCACUACCUCUGUUGCCAUGACUACUGCUGCCGGAGCAAGCGUUCCUACUACUGCCGUCAGAACAGUCAUCUGGGAUGGGAUAGGACCUUCUGGCCUCUGUCCAUCACUGAGAUCAAACCAUGGACCUUUUGUCUGUUUGGGGGCUCUACCCGGACAAACUGUGUACAUAAAUUAUGUCUAAAGACUGCAUUCACACAGAUUGGGACUUGGAGACCCAUGGUUCUGGUGUUCCUGGGGUCUUCAUCCCCCUCUUCAUCAAAGAGCUUGGUUUCUUAGUUAGGAAUGCAGGAACCCCCAGAAACACAGUCAAUAUUUGAAAGAACUCUUACAGGAGGGGGACACACAGGAACUGCGUCAGAUCUGCUUUUAAACCUGAGAUGAAGACAUGAACAUGCAGUGCAGCAUGAACUGGUGAACUGGUUAUGAACUGGUUUUGGUUAAUAAAGGCCUCCAUCAAAUGGUUAAUCAUGGUAUUUGUACUUCACAGCACACUGAAGCGUGGUUUUUUGCAUCUUUUAGGGUCCAAAUGAGGCUGACCACUGGAGAAUGUUAGCCAGACGUCUUCUGGAUCAGAUUUUCCAGAUCCAGAUCCUAAAAUGAUCACAAAUAGAACCGGUUCUUUAUUAUCAACGAUCAAAGAUCAUGAAACCAGCUGCUCCUCACACUUUCAGUUUCCUUCUAAAUGUGGAGGACGGCUUUCAUGAAGGACUGCUGUAAAUGAGCUUUAAAGGUCCCUUGAUGGUUCCUCUGAAACUCUGUGAGAUCCUGCAGCCUGAAAGCCCUUUUAUGCUCGACAUUUGAAACAGAUACUCAGGCAGACGGAGGCUUUUUGUUUUGUCUUGAUGAUUAUGAAUAAAGAUAAAGUGGAACAAUGGGUUCAGCAUUGAGUCAAUCUCUAAACUAAAUGAAAGAAAAUGGGUCCAUCCUCAAACACUGAAAAUUACAAUCGCUUUAGUUUCACGCCUCAGGAAUUAACCUAAAGAAUGUUUGUAUAUUGACUUGUGUUCAGUGGUCUGUUUUUGUUCCCUUCAAAUUAGUGCAAAUAAAACGAAUUCC